GCCGCCGGCUCACCCCACGCCCUGGAUUUGGGCCACCUCUCGCACAUCUUCACCUGCACGGAUCCCAAGGCCAAUAAGUUCCUGCCUCAAAACAAACAAUCCUAUGAUAAUAAAGAUGAUGAUGUGAUCACCCAUAUACUGGGUGACUUUGGCCCCUGGCAACUGCGCUCCCUGCUCAUCCUGUUCCUCUGCAAGAUCCCCGCCGCCUGGUUCAUGGCCUGCAUCCUGUUCAGCCCCGAUCUCUAUCCCGAGGAGGAGUACAAAUGCGAUACGACUUCGUUUGGACCGGUGGACAACUGCACCGUCUCCCUGGACCACUGCUAUGUGAUGGUCAACUAUGGCGACUCCGGCUACGCCAUGCGUCAGUGCCGGAAGUUCCUCUACACCACGGGCUUCCACUCCCUGACCAUGGAGUUCGACCUGGUCUGCCUGUGCGACUUUGUGGCCUGGUCCCAGUACUGGCAUCUCUUUGGCCUGCUCAUCGGCGGAGUGGCGGCCACCAAGUUGAUGAGUUUAAGUCCCCGGCAGAUUUACGGAUCGGGCAUCUGGUGCCUGCUCAUGUGCAGCCUGCUAAUGGGUCUGGUCAGAUUUAGUCUGCAUUGUGGACUUCGCUGCCUGGCGGCCGUUUCCUGCUGCUUUAUGAUCACCUCGGGGCAUGCUAUAUUUAGUGAUAUUACAGCGGGUAGAUAUCGAUUGGGAGCCCUCCUACUCUACGACUGCUUCUGGGCACUGGGCCUGAUCCUGCUGCCAGGAUUGGCUUCUGGAGCUCCCAGCUGGCAGCACAUAUACCUGGGCGUGACCCUCUCUCUGCUGAUCAUUGUCUUCCUGCUGCCCUGGACCCCGGAUUCACCGCGCUGGCAGCUGCUGCAUAAGGAAACCCAACUGGCCAUCGAACGAACCGUAGGCAUCCUGCUGGAGGCAGCUCGCACCAAUGGAAGCAUCCACAGGGUGUCCAAGGAGCUGCCCCUGCAGUGGCAGCUGAGGGAGAAGCUGCUGGAGCCGAAGCCAGCGGUUUAUUGGAUGCAAUUGUGGAUGGGACAGAGGAGGAGCACUUUCCACUUGGUAGCCGUGCACAUGGCACUGGCCACCUUCAUGGUGGUCAACACCGGACUGCUGCUACAUGUGCGAUCUUUCGGGAGGGAGCACCUGGUGUCCAACACGCUGGCCAUGGGUCUGGCCGAGAUGCUGGGCUGCUUCCUGGCCCUCCAUCUCACCUUUAACCAGAGGGAACACAAGUGGCAGUGGGCCGGAGGAUUCGCCAUGGUGGUGGGCAGCAUCAGUAGCAUCUGCUGGUUCCUAGCCGAGGAGAAUAUGCCCGAGGUGUAUGGGCUGACGCUGGGACUGCUGAUGGCCUCGCUGCCCCAGGCUGCGGUGGCCUGUGCCCAGUCCAUGAUCCUGGCCUGCCUGGGUGAGCUGGUGCCCCAGGAGCAGCGCAGUUGCCUCUUCUUCUCCGCCGUCACCUGGGCGAGGGUGUGGCAGCUUUCCGCCUCCUUUCUCACGCUGCUACGGCAGGUGAGCCCCGCCCUCUCGCUGUCCGCCUUCUGCCUCCUGGUCACUGGUGGCCUGUGCACCUGUUGCCUAGCCACUCCCGUGGGGGAUCAGGAACUGGAGAAACUACAGUGAAUAAGAAGCAGCACCUCAUUGCGUAUACGUAAUAAAGUAUACGUAGGGUGGUCAUUUAGCUUAGUUAGUUUUAGUGUCUGUCAAGUAUUCGCAAUCAGUAUUCGAAUUUAGCUUGUUAAACAUUGCCUAGUCGCGAAUUAAACAUUAUAUUGAGCUGCAUACUUUUGGGAAUAAAUCAAAAGUUAAGUAUCUUAUGAUAUACGUCAACUUACUACAAUUACUUUACUCUAC